CUCCGUCAGUCAUCUUUUCAUAUCACGAUUACAAGAGUACAGUAUACGCAACGAGAGUCCGAGAAUAUAUUUGUACGCGAUUAGUGCAUUUGCAUUGUAUCUUGCAACUGAAAUCAAUUUUUCAUAUUUUUUAAUUACGUGAAAUUGUGUUAUUGAAAUAUUGUUUCAAAAAUUAAAAAAAGAAUGGAUAGUCCAUUACCACAUAUUAUGGAAAGUGCGGAUUGUGAUGGUUUAACAAAACCAAAAGACAGGUUAUUCAGCCUUCUUGAUCAGAUCGAAGUACAUGUAGAACAAUUGAGAAAAGAUGCUUGGAGACUCGAAGAAGAAAGGGAUACUCUCUUGACAACCUUAGAUACUCUUAGAAACAAUGAAAUUCUUAGUGCAUUAGAAGAGACUGACAAAGAUGAUGUGCUGAGAUAUGCUGAAAGAUUGUCUAUGCGAUGUUUAACAGUUGAUGUAUUGGUUAAAAUUCAACGUGAUCAGAUUCAAGAAGAAGCAUUACAUCAAGUAAAUGGUUUGAUUGAUAGUUUAGUUGUUGGUCUUCGUAAUGAUCCAGCUGGAACUCGACAACGUUGUGCAUCUUUUAUGAAUGCUUGUACCUCACAAAAUGGUGAGCAUUCUGAUAAAAAUUUUGAAACAGCAAUUCUUGGAUGUACUAUGGAUGAUCAAAAACGAAUAAAAAAAAGAUUACAAGGAUUAUUAGAUUAUAUUGAUAAAAUGCACACAGUUCAAUUACUAUGAAGUUAUAUUGGAGAUAAUUGAUUUUAAAGAAAACUGAAUAAAUCACUCCUUAAAUGAGCAAUAGUUCUAAAGGAGAUUUGCAAAAAGUUACUUAAGGCAGGGUGCUUCAUGAUAAUUCAAUGAUGAUUUUUAUGAUAAAUGUAAAAAAAGUAUUAUAUAAUGUGAAUUAUUUUCUUUAUAUAUAUUGUUUCUAUAUCUUACUGUAUGUAGAACUAAGAUUUAAUAGACAUUACAUUUAUAUUUGAACAUUAAUUAUGGUAGGAAGUAUAAAUAUAAAAUUAAUAUAAAAAAUAUUUUCAUACAUAAUAUAUUCACAUAAAAUUUUUUAAUAAAAACUAAGUUUGUGUAUGUUUUAAAUAGUUAUAAUAUAUAAAUAAAAUAAAGCUAUGUUAAGAAUAAUAAUUUUAUUAGAAUCAAUAUUUGAAAAGAAAAAAAAUGAAUAAUAUAAAUGUGUGUAAAUCAUGACAUUUUAUAUUCAUUGGUCUUUAAUGAUUUAAUUGUGAAUAAUAAAUAUCUCCUAAUUUUCUUUUUUCUUUAAAAGAUAUAAAAAUAUAACAUAUUAUUAGUAUUUUUAUAGUAUUUGUUCUUUGUGUAGAUAUUAUAUUUAUAUGAUUACUGAUUGACAUAUGAUAUACUUAUGUUAUUAUCUAUAAUUUAUCAUUAUCUUAAGUAUUUAAACUUAAUAAUGCUUCCUACUAUAAAAAAACUAUUAAGGAAUGUUAAUGAAAAUUACAUAUAAAUUAUAAUUAUAGAUUUGACUUUUUAAUAUGUUAAUUGUUAUUAAUAGUUAUAACUUUAUUAUAUUAUCGUAGAUAAAGUUAUCAGAUUUGAUAUAAAAUUUAUAAUUUUCUUUAUAUUACAAUUAUAAAAAAAAAUAAGAAUUUCAUAUACAGUUUAGCAAGAUUUUCAAAAGUUAUUUAAUUUAUGUGAGAAUUAACUUUUUUUUUAUUUCAUGUUAUUAAUGUAAUUAUUUCAUGUUAUAAUGUAAUUAUUUCGUUAAAAUGAUUAUUAAUAUAUGAUAUAGUGCAUAGACAUAUAAUUUUUAUUCAUUUUUUAUACAUUUAAUUAAUAUAUUCUUUACAUCUGAUACAUACAAAUUCAAUUUUAAUACAAGUUUGAAAUUCAAAAUAACCAUAUAAUUCAUAAAAAAAAUUCAAGAAUUUAAUUUUUAUUUUAAUAUCUAUUAUUUUUAUGUAGUAAAAUCUAUAAUAUAAUACUUUUAACUUAAAUAGAAUACAAUAAAUCAAAAUUUAUAUAAAUAUAUUUUUUAUGCAUUCUAUAAUAUUUAUUUUUCUUUGUAAAUUUUUUACAAUUUUCUUAAGAUAUUAAUAUAAAUUAAAAUAUAGAUUAAAAAAAAUAAUUAGAUAUAAAAAUUAUAACGCUUUAUUUUUAUUAAUAACUUGCAUUAUCAUUCACAAAAAAUAUUGUUUAUAUCAAUAAUAUUUUCUUUCUUAUAAACUAGCAUAUUUGGUUAACCAUUAUAUUAGUAUUUGUUUAUAUAUAAAUUAAUUUAUUUUUCAAUAUUUUCUAAGAAUUUGAAAUUCUUUAAAAUUCGUUUAAAAAAACAUGCUAUUUUAUUCAAUUAUGAUAUUUAAAAUUAUAUCAUUUUUUUAUUAAUUAUUUAUAAUUUAACUUAAUUUAAUAUGUGAACAGUCAACAUCACUAUGUUUAUCUUCAAUACAAAUAAUAUAUUUACAAAAAUAUGAAAAAUAUGAAAAUUUUAUGUUUUUAAUAGAGAUUAUAAAAGAUAUAUAUUUGAUUGAGAAAUAAAAAAUCAUACAGGGAACAAAAAGAAAUGUAUUUACAUAUAUUCAUAAUAACAUUAAAAUAUUUAGAAAAAUUAAUAUUCAAUAAGAGAAAUUCAAUGUAUAAAAAUGUUUCAGUAUAUUUUUUUAUUAUUUUAAAUUAAAAAAAAAAUAAGAAUUUCAUAUACAGUUUGGCAAGAUUUUCAAAAGUUAUUUAAUUUAUGUGAGAAUUAAUUUUUUUUUAUUUCAUGUUAUUAAUGUAAUUCUUUUUAUUUUGUACUUUAUAUCUCCUAAAUUCUUUUUUUUUUAUUUAAUAGAACUAUUUGAAUAAAGUUAUAUAAAUUGGGAUUAUUUUUUCAUUUAUAAUUAUAAUAAAUAUUCAAUAUGUAAUUGAAAUAAACUAUAGACAUAUAGUGAUAGUUCUAUAUGUAAUCAAAGCAAGUGUAUAUUACAAAUUAAUCGAUAUAACAAUAUUGUUUAAAGAUAAUUGCAUUAAUCUUUUCUUGUUAUGUUUUUGAUACUUUAUGUUGUGCGUAUUUUAUAAUAAUCUUAAAUCAAUUUGUCGAAAUAUUGAAAUGAAAAUUAUUUAUAUCUUAUAAAUAUGAAUAUAUCAAUCUGUACAUGGUUAAAGCAUUCAUUAUAGUUUUUACAUAUUACAUAUAGUUUUCACAUAUUUAUCCAUACAAAGACUAAAGCAAUCUACAAGCAUUUUUUACAAAAUUCCUUUUCUUAUGAUUCUUUGUCUUGGCUCCUGACCGCAAAACUAUGGUACCAUUCCCCAUACUCCGAGCACAUGUGGAUCCAUUUGGACUAAAUGCGCCUACAACAUAUAUAUAUAUACAUAUAUGUAUGUAUGUAUGUAUGUAUGUAUAUAUUUUCAUAAAUUACAAAAUUAUUAAAGAUCUAGAAAGAUAGAGAGAGAGAUAAAGAUAUCUUCUAUUAAAAUUUCACAUUCACACAUUAAUGUUAAAAAUUAUAUUACAUAGAUAUAUACUUCAAAUUGUUUUAUACAUACUAAUUAAAAUAUUUUGUUACUUCUGUAAAUACUAUAUAUUCUAUAAACAAUUUGUAGAAUUUAUGUUUACAAAUAAAUUAAUUAUAUUCGAGUAA